AUGUCUAAGAUUACUAGUGCCCACGUUCGUGAAAACGUCCAGAAGUUGUUGGAAUUCUCUAACGAGACCAAGAAGAGAAACUUCUUGGAGACCGUCGAGUUGCAGGUCGGUUUGAAGAACUACGACCCUCAGAGAGACAAGCGUUUCUCUGGUACCUUGAAGUUGCCUCAGGUCCCAAGACCAAACAUGACCAUCUGUAUCUUCGGUGAUGCUUUCGAUGUCGACAGAGCCAAGUCUGUUGGUGUUGACGCUAUGUCCGUUGAUGACUUGAAGAAGUUGAACAAGAACAAGAAAUUGAUUAAGAAGUUGGCUAAGAAGUACAACGCUUUCAUCGCUUCUGAGGUCUUGAUCAAGCAGGUUCCAAGAUUGUUGGGUCCUCAGUUGUCCAAGGCUGGUAAGUUCCCCACCCCAGUCUCUCACAACGAUGACUUGUACUCCAGAGUUCAGGAUGUCAAGUCCACCAUCAAGUUCCAGUUGAAGAAGGUCUUGUGUCUUGCUGUUGCCGUUGGUAACGUUGAGAUGGAGGAGGACGUCUUGGUCAACCAGAUCAUGAUGGCUGCUAACUUCUUGGUCUCUUUGUUGAAGAAGAACUGGCAGAACGUUGGCUCCUUGGUGAUUAAGUCCACCAUGGGUCCUUCUUUCAGAAUUUACUAA